CCGUUCCAUUCUUUAAAGGAAUGAUUAUGAUUGGCCAAUGUAGUAAUUAGUAUGUAUUAAACUUUUUGGUGUAAACUAGGUCAAGGAUUAAGGAUGUGUGUAUAUCCAUGCGUUUAUAUCAUUUUUUUUUUACGUUAUCGAAUGUGCGGGAUAAGAUUUAAAGUUGAUAUAUAUACCGAUAAAAGAAAUCAAAACGUAAAGAGUAUUAGAAUAUUGAAAAAAAGAGUGUAAUAAUCUCGGAGAUCACGAAGAGGAAGGAAGAUUUGGGAAAAACAUUUAUGUUUAUUUAACAUAAGGGUUAUGUGCUUCCAAAAACCUGAUCGAACAUUAUGGAGAAGACGCGGGAAUGUAGUAAUCUUUCCUCAGACACAUUUAUGAAACAAAAUUUGACAGCAUUAAAUCUGCGCGAUAAUCAAAACGGGAUAAUAAAUAAUGGAACGGAACAGAGUACUCAGACAACUUUUUUCAAAAGAAGAAAAAACCCAAGACAGCGAAAGAAAAAAUGUAUUCCUUCGCAAAUGAAUAACACGGGAACCGUUAUAGAAACAAAUGAUUCAAAUAAAUCACGCAGUUUGUAUCUCGCUAAUAAAGAAGAUGUUAAUAAUACUUCCAUUUUGCCAGAAACACCAGAUUUAUCAAAUACUAGAACUGAAGAGGAUAAGAGGGCAGGCAAUACGAUUAAUAAAAAUACUUGCAUCUCGGAAAAUUUAUUAAAAGAAGAUACUAAAAAAGUUUCUAGCACGAAAAAGAAGGAAGGUAGAGAGACAAUCAAUUCUUUGCUACAGAACGACAAGCAAACCAGAAUAAAUAAUUUGAUUGAUAAAGUUCACACUUUACAGCUUAGUAAGAAAGACAAUGAGAAUGCUUUUGUUUCAUUAAAUACAGCUGCUUUACCAAAUACUGCAAAACACGAUGAGAUAGAUAUAAAUGAUAAGAGUACAUCUACACUAGAAAGCUUAUCAACAGAGGAUAUUCGGGAAACUUCCCGUGUGAGGAAGAAGAGAAAUAGAAAAGUAAACAAUUUUAUGCAAAAGAACGACAAGCAAACUGAUCUAAAAACAGAUAUUUUGAAGCCUGAAGCUCAUUCUUUGCAGCUUAUUAAUAAUUGCAACAAUGUUUCGCCGAAGACUACUGAUAUACCGAGCACUAAUGCUGUGGAACAUAAAAGCAUGGAGAAUACAAACGACAAAGAUAUUUCUACUUUGCAAGAUCCAAAAUUUACUUUUUUUGAAAUCGAUUACGAGUUCCACGAAGCAAAUCACGCGAUAAUCGAGACAUUUGCUCUCAAUAUAUAUUUUUCUUUAUGCAACGAUGACAGGAAAACUUAUUGCUUAGUGUGUGAUAAUACCUUUCAAGUUCAAAACAAUUCUAAUUUACGGAAAAAUCUUUAUAGACAUAUACAAUCAGACAAUCACGUUGGAUUAUUGACCCAGAUGAUAGAGGAUGACAAGAAAUUUUUGAAGGCUGGAAAACUUUUCAGUAAGCUGGGAUUGGCACGAGAAUGUAUGAGAAGCAAAGAUGAUAUUAUUGAAUGCUUGUUAUGCGAUAGUCAGAAUUUCGUUAGCAAGGUGCCGAAUAACGAUCUAUUGUUACACGAACACAUAUUAAGUAGCAAGCAUCAAAAUUUCAAAGGAUCCUGGACGUCGUCGGUAAAGGAUAUACUGCGAGACAUUCAUUAUCACUUCCGAAGCAUGUACAAUGUCAAGAAGUAUUGUUGCGAAUUUUGCAAUUACGAAAGCGCAUCAGAAAUCUGUUUCGCGAAACAUUUGCGUGUACCUUAUCACACGUCACGAUUAUUACAAUUUCCCGAUCAUACAGAGAGAUUUAAGUUUUAUUUUUGCGCCGCAUGCUUUUUCUUAUGGUUCGGAAGUUCCGAUAUGUAUGAUCGACAUUGUGAGCAGUUCGAGCACAAACACAGGAUAAUGUAUGGUUCUGAUCUCGAUCAUUUGUCAGAAGAAAUAAUACAACUCUUAAUUAUGUGCAAUCAGAAUGCUGAAGCUUUCCUUAUGCUGUCCAAUAGUGUAUGUUACGAUAAAACAAUUGAUUACAUAUUGUGUGACUUGAUAACUGACAUGCACAGAUAUAUUACAAACAUAAAAGCUUAUCCUUUUGGAUCCAGGAUUUCAGAUUUAGGUUUCCCUGACAGUGACAUUGACAUCUUCCUUGAUUGUGAUAAUAUGUAUGAAGGAAGAAAUUCAUCACAUCAUCAUUGUGAGGUUCUCAUUACAUCAAUUGUACAUUAUUUGUCUCUUAAUAAACGAAUGUGGAAAGUGCAGGAAAUGAUAUUGCAUAGUAGAACACCAAUUAUAAAAGUGCAACAUAUUCCCUCAGGAUUUAUCUGUGACAUUUCAGUUACAAAUGGCUUAGCAGUGGAAAAUACAAAAAUAAUUAAGUGUUUUAAUCAUGCUUUUCCACUAUGUCGAAAAAUGGUUUUAUUUCUUAAACAAUGGUUGCGCAGCUGUGGUUUAUUAGGAUCGCGUCUUAUAACAAGCUAUGCUCUCACAUGGUGCGUUAUUUUUUAUCUGCAAACUCUAUUAGUAUUUCCCAGUAUCUCACAACUAAUAAAAUUGAAAAAUAGCUCAUGGCGGAUCAGUGGUUGGGAAGUUGGUGUAAGCUACAAUUUUCCUGUUAGAAGGCUAAAUCACACUUUCGAAGAGCUUUUAUUAGGAUUUUUUAUGUUUUAUGCGAAUUUUAACUACAAAAGUCAUGUGAUCUGUCCGUUAUUGGGUCAGCCGAUAGAAAAAAGUGCGUUUAACAAACUGUCGAAUUUACCGCAAGAUAUGGCACCAUAUAUUGCUUAUAUGCGUGACGCUUGUACGCAAGAGAAGUCUCAAGGUUUUUCCGUAUCGUCAUUGUGUGUGCAAGAUCCAUUCGAUUUAUCGCACAAUCUUACGAAGGCGGUACAUAAUCGUAAGUUGAACAAGUUUCAGAGCAAUUGCAAUUAUAGUGCAAAAAUACUGAAGAAGACUUUUCCGUACCUGAAGCCACCAUUAUUAUCUUAUAUCUAUAAAAGACUACGCGUGGAACUUGCCGAAAUGUACAAACAUUUUUUAGCGCGACAUAUAACGCGUUACAAUGGACAAUGGUACUGUUACUUAUGCAAGUUGGAAAAUUUAACAGACGUUGAACGUCAUUUGCAAGAAGUUCAUUCAGAUAUCCACUUUCAAAUCUCAGAUUUUCCUGAUAAUUCCAGCAAAUUGUCAGAUACGAAAUGCAAACAUUUAUUAUAUCAUGGAAUAGCAAUGAAAGAUAUAUUAAAAAACUCUAAUACAAGGUAUUUUUGUGUACCGUGCAAAUGUUUGAUACCCACUUUAGAACAUGUUAAUCAACAUGUGAGUGGUAAACAACACAAAAAAUAUAUAAACGAUACUAAACCAGAAGAUUUUUCAAAUGAGCAACAAAACUUAGAUAAAAAUAUAAACAGCAAUGUUUUUGUUAAUGUAAAAACUGAAACGGAAUUUAUAAGUAACUCAAAUUUUUUUGCAAAAAUACAGCCAGUUUGUAAAAAUAAAUUAGCAAAAGAUAACUUGACAAAUGGCUCUGAGAAAGAAGAGGAAGAGGAAGAGGAAAGUGUAGCUUCCUCUGAAUCUUACAAGAAGGAUCGUAAUAGCAAUAAUGUUUUGCAAAUUGAAAGAUGUGUGAAUAUGAGUUUUUGUAUUUUGUGUGAUAGAUUUGACCAUAAACUUACUAUGGAGGAACAUAUACAAGAAAAGCAACAUAUAUCUGCAUUAAAAAUCUUGAAGCGAGAAUCGAUACGCAUCAUAAACUUGGAUAAAGAUAGAAAGACUAUUAAGCCAUUGCAGUUGAAUAGUAGAAAAUUAGAUGGAACAAUGUGGCCAGAAUACAGGAAGACUACAUCAAGAUAUACUUGUGAUCAAUGUAAUAUGGUGAUAAAAGAAAAUGAUAUAAUAAAUCAUGAAGUAACAAUACAUAAAGAAAGCAUGAUGUCUUGUAUGAAAGACAUCCAUGAUUUGACUUUGUCUGUAAAUGAAAAAAAAAUUAAAAUUAAUAUUUCCAGUUAUUACCCAAUGUUUAAAUGCUCGUUUUGCAAUGAGAUAAUACAUGGCAUAUCAAUGUUAGAAAUUCAUUUUUCUAAAUGUCAACAUAAGGAAAAUAUUAAAUUGUUAAUUAAAACUAAAAAACAAGAAUAUAAUUGCUCUGAAAAUGUAGAAAGCUUUUUUGAACUUCUCGAAUUUUUAAAUUUGAUUUCUUUUGAAAAUAAUGGCGACACUGUACAAACUAUGGAGCAACCUGUGAUGUAUAUUAAAAAUCAUCGUGCAUCUUUCAAAAAAAAUUCAGAUGACUUGAUUGAGAAUAAAUUUACUUACAUUUGCAUUGCCUGCAAAGUUAAAAUUUAUACAAUCGAAGAUGUAUUUAAUCAUUUAAGUACAAGGGGAAGACAUUUGAAACACUUCCAAAAUAUUUUGCUGACAUAUAAUCAUAUACAUAAUAUAUGUACUGCAACAAAAGAACUUGGUAUAAAUAAAACACAAGCAGCAGACUCUCUAAUUUGUACUGAGGAAACAUUCAUCGAUACAUUGGAAGAAGAAAAUAUUAAUAAAACGCAAGCAGAACAUUAUAUUGAUAAUAAUAGCGACCUAAUAGCUAAAAUAAAUACUGAUAGCAAAAAUGACAUAUCUCAAAGUAGAGAAAGCAAUUCUGGCUUAUUUAUGUCUCCUGAUAUAUCUUUAGAAAUGAAGAAAUUAACUACAAAUUUUUCAUAUAAGUUUUUACAAGCUAGAAAAAAAAAUAAUGUCUUGGAUCGUUAUAAUAGAAUGUAUUAUAAAAAAUUUCUAGAUUUUGAGGAAAUUAUGUUUACUUACAGUCAGAACAAGCUGAAUGAGAUUAAAUUAAGUUUACAAUUGUACGCUCCCAAAUGCGAAAGUAUGCUUUGUGUUGUAUGUAAUGUUACACAUUCGUACAAUAUACAUAGAUUGUACGAACAUAUUAGUUGUGAACGACAUAUUAUGCAACUUACACAACUGCAUAAGAGCAGCGAAGAACAGAGACUGAAAUUACUGAAAGAAUUAAUCAAGGUAGAGUAUACAAAGAUGGAAUGUUACGCUUGUGAUAAAAAUAUAAAGUGGAUACAGCUUGGUGAAUCCUGGAUCAUGGAACAUAUGUAUUCUCCUAAACACAAGAAGAAUCGCGAAAAGUCAUUCAAGGAAGUUGGAAAUGUACUACAAGGAUUCAAUACUUUAUGGUACAAUAUCCAAUACUUUGCUUGCGUCGAGUGUAAUAUAAGAUUCAAAAUAAAAAUGGAAUUUAUGGAACAUCUUGACAAAAAUCAUAGUACACUUCUAAAAACAAAAGAUAAUUCAAAAUUUGAUUUCUGCUUAACAUGUGCCACUUUGUGGUAUAAAGAUCAAGAUUCAAUUUAUCGACAACACUGUCAAAAACAGACGCAUCAAUAUUUAGCAAAAAGUAAUGACUUUGCAAUUACAUUGUUGCCAGAAUCUUUGCAAGAAUUAUUAAAAAAUGUUAACGAAACUGUUAUUGAUCUAUUUUAUUUAUCGAAUGAUGCAUUAUAUGAUUCAAAAACAAUUACUCUCAUGAAGGAUUUAAAGGAUACUUUCAAAACUCAAGAGUUUCAUGUAGAAGAAGUGUGUAUGUUUGGUUCAAGAGUUACUGGUUUAGCAUUGCCCAACAGCGAUAUCGACAUAUAUCUUAACUUCAAUGAUGAAUGUACUAAUGCUGAAGUAAUUAAAAACAGAAGUAAACAAAUUCAAAAUUGUUUGCAUACUGAUGGUGAGAAUUGGGAAAUAGAAUUAACUUUGGACAACAGCAGAACACCCAUAAUAAAAUUGAAGCACAGACAAACAGGAUUACAGUGCGAUAUCUCAUUUACAAAUGGCCUUUCAGUCGAAAAUUCUAAACUUAUCAAGUCUUUUAACACAGCAUAUCCGCCUUGUCGAAAAUUAAUAUUGUUUCUGAAAAAGUGGAUCUUGUUGGGCAAUUUGGCUGGUCCUGAUGGAAUAACAAGCUAUGCUCUCACCUGGCUAGUCAUCUUUUAUUUACAAGUCAAAUAUAAAAUACCGAGUGUUGCUGCUUUAAUUAAAAGCCAUAAUCAGUCAAAAAUUGUAUCUGGCUGGGAAACUGGAGUCGGUAAUAAUGUUCCUAUCAACGUACCUGAAUUAUCGAUAUAUGAAUUAUUAUUAGGAUUUUUUGAGUAUUACGGAUGCUUUGAUUACAUGCAUAAUGUUGUAUGUCCAUUGUUAGGCGUCACAUGCCGUAAGGAAUUCUUUACAGAAGUAUUAUCGGAUUUACCGGAUACCAUGGCACUUUACAUUGCGCAAUUGCGAAGUGCGAAACCGGAAUACUUUCGUAUUGAUUCAUCUAUGUGUGUGCAAGAUCCAUUCGAUCUUUCGCACAAUUUAACAAAGGCUGUGCCAGUUUUAACGCUUAGAUGCUUUAAACAAUAUUGUAAUAAAAGUGCAUCGGUGUUACGUAAUCGUUGGAAGUUAAGAUCGUCGAAAACGAGUUAAUAUUUAAUUAUAUAGAAUCAUCUUUUUUAACCACUGAUUAAUCAUGAUAAAGAUCAAUGUAUUUUUAUGACUCGACUAUCGAUUAAUGAUCUAACAUUGCAAAUGUUUCACGAAAAAUGAUAAAACUAAUUUUCUAACUAUACAUAUUUCUUGUAAUAACUAUUCUGAUUGUGAUAAAGUAUUAUAUAGUAUUAUAUAAAGUACUGUACAAUAUUAUAUAUUAUAGUACCAACUCUUGCAAUUUUGUUCAUAUUUUUAAAAGAUUUCGAAGAUAAUUCUAGGAAUAACGUUUUUUUCUUUUUUCUUUUUUUAAGAAAAUCUUUUAAAUUUAAUUGAUACUUUUAAAAUAAAUGCGACGAAUUGUGAACAGCUCUCAUACGAAUGGUAAUAUAAAUCGUGUUUUAUAUUCCAUUGAUCGUCAUGUACUUUAUACAUUUGAUUAGAUAUCUUAAUUCUAUGUUUGAUUUUUAU